GGCUGGGAGGGUAAACAAGAGAUGUGGUGCAGGUGUUGACUUAUGUCUCUUAUUUACUUUAUUACUUGAACUAGUCACUUGAAGAAGGCAAUUAUGAUGGCCGUUGCAACAGUUGAGAAUUCAGCAUUGGAAAAGAUAUUAAAUUUUGUGAAUGAUACUGGUUACAAGGAACUUAUGCAAAAUUCUGCCAAAUAUAAUGUGAGAAUCCGCAAGGACAGGAUAUAUCGACAGCCAUAUAUUGAUGGUCAGACAGGGGUAGCACAGCGACACUGUCAUCUCUUCGUUAGUGACAAACAUCGUAUGCCAGGAAUUCUGCAGGGUCAGGUCUACACAUAUCCAGCAAGAAGAUGGAAAUCACAGAGACGGUCAUACUUAGGUUCUCUUAUGCAGGCAGCUAAAGCAGACCCUGAUGAACAUACAAUUACUACAGUGGAAAAUCCUGCUGCAAUUGUUGCAGCUGUUGAAGAACCUGUCCAUCAACCAGAGAAAGUGGUAGUGGGGCCGCUAGAGCAAUGGGCAACCUUCUAUGAGGAAGGGCCUUUUGAAGAUGAAUUGGAUGAUGAAUUUGAAUCAGAAGAAGAUUUUGAUGAUGAAACAUACAAUCGUAAAGGAAGCAAACGAAAGAAGGCUGCAGUUGGGAGAAAGCCUAAGGCUGCUGGUGGAAUACCUAAGAAAGCCACCAAAAAGAAGACAUCCGAGAAUAAUGCACAGCGUGGUAGCAAGAAAAAAUCAGCACCCAAAACACCUUCUAAAACUCCAAAGAAUGCCAAAAAGGAUGAUGACGACCCCAAUAACAAACCGUAUGGUUGUGAACUGUGUGGGAUGCGGUACAAGACGCGGCCUGGCCUAACUUACCACUAUGCACACUCGCAUAAGGAGGAGAAGGAGGAGGAGGCUAAAGCCCCUGCUAGAGCUAACGAGCAAAUCCAGGCUAACGACCCCACCCCAGACUACUUACCAGUCCAGGCUCAGGCCUCUGCUAUCCCACAGUGGGGCCGUCGUUCAUGCUCCGUGGGUCAGGCAAACGCUGGGUCCACGAUGCCUGCAGCAGUUGCGACUCCCAAUGAUGCAGUAGUCGACAAGGGUGUGGGGAAGAAGAAGGUCUCCGCUUCACCCUACUGUGAUUUCUGCUUGGGUGACUCGGCAGAAAAUAAGAAAACGGGAGUCCCCGAGAACCUUGUGUCAUGUGCUGACUGUGGACGAUCAGGCCACCCAACAUGUCUUCAGUUUACAUCUAACAUGAUGAAGAGUGUCGUGAAGUACCGUUGGCAGUGUAUUGAGUGUAAGACAUGUACGCUUUGUGGUACAUCAGAGAAUGAUGAUCAGCUAUUGUUCUGUGAUGACUGUGACCGAGGAUACCACUUGUACUGCCUUGACCCACCUCUCUCAGAACCACCUGAAGGAGAAUGGUCUUGCUACUUGUGCUUGCAAGAGUUCCAUACUAAUUAAGUUUAGAGGUGACAAGAUUAUCACAUCUCCUGAAAAUUCAUCUUUGAAAAGGUUAGGAACUUGGAACAAGAUAAAAUGGACUAUAUGUUUGAAUAUUUCUAGCUGUACAUUGGAAUAAGAAAAGUGUACUGUGCAGUUCAUAAUGCAGAUAAAGCUCAUGAAAGGAGAAAAUGUUGAAGAGAAAAUUGUAUGAAAUGCAGGAGCAUUAAGUACAGUAAUGUUUACUUUUUUUCUGAUACCACAGAGAGUUUGUUUGAAGGCUCAGAUGGAGUAGAAAAAAUUUAGCAUUAUGCUGUAUAUGCUUUGAAGGGAAAUGAUACAAGUUGUAGUAUGUUAUGAUGCAUCUAUAUGAAUGAAUGAAAUGAAGAAUGGUUGUGUCUCAUGCUUAGUUGUCAUUUCCUCAGGGAAUGUGGGAAUAUUGGUAACAAGACUAUUUAAUAAAUUAAUUCAGUCCCAUAAGAAUGUAGAUAUAGUGUCUUGUCUUGAUUUCUGCCGCCUUUUGAAGGUGAAGCAUCAGAUGUUGACCAUUUUUAUUAUAUGUUUAGCAUAGGAAUAGAAUGGUUUAUUGUACCCAUACUGGUCACCAUGUUUGAAUCUUAAUGUAGAAUUAAGAUCACAUGUAACAUAACAAAAUUAUCAUUGUGCCAGUAUGUACAAUGGAACAUUAUUGUGCUCCUUUCUUCAUAUGGUUUUCUCAAAUACAUUGUGGCACACAUGACAUAAUGGAGUAUACUAGUAACAAUGACAAAAAAUUGAAAGGCCAAUUCAAACUGUGCCUACCAUAUAAACUUCAGGAAGUGUAUAACUUUUUAAAGCCAUUUUAUAAGGGGUUUCAGUAGUGUGAUAUAACACAGCAUUGUGUUCAUACAGCAGCAUAUACUGUAUCUGACUAAUUUUAUUAUUAUUAUUUUUCAUUUACAGGAAGGCUCUUGAUAGGUGAAAUAAUUCACUUGAUAAUGCAUAUUUACAUCUCUGUAUUAAUUAACCUACUGUAUCCAGACCAGGAUAUAUGCUCUGAGAGAACUUUUUUCAAGGCAACUAUGCAUCUUUGAGAUGAUAUAUAUAUAUAUAUAU